CUUUUUAAGGGAAGUACAUCCCCAUAAAAGAAGUGUUUUUUUUUUUAUUUAUUUUUCUCGUUUUAAUUUUUUUUUUAGGUCUAAAAUGAAGUUCAAAAGGAGGGAAACCCUUAAACCCUAAAGCCUGUCUCUCCGUCUCCCCGACACUCUCUUUCCCUCUCCACAUUUGCUCUCUAAAUACUACCAAGCAGAGGCUCUUGGGUGAGAGUGGCGGACUGUGGAGUGGCCUUCUAACCUUUCUCAGAAUCCAAUGGCGAAGCUUCUUCAGAACGCUUUUUCUCUCAAGCACUCUCUAUUAGCCGCAGAGGGUAUGAGAAAAGGGAUGUUGCGACCAUCCUUCCAGUUAUGCAACUUUUCUGCUAAAGCUAAAAAGAAAACAAAGUCAGAUGGAAAUGACUCAAAUGGAGAGAAUAUGUCCAAGAAAGAGCUGGCCCUACAGCAAGCGCUGGAUCAGAUCACUACCACCUUUGGAAAAGGAUCAAUCAUGUGGCUUGGUCAGUCUGUCUCUGCUAAUCAAGUUCCUGUAGUUUCUACAGGAUCUUUUUCUUUGGACAUAGCAUUGGGAAUUGGUGGACUUCCAAAGGGACGUGUUGUGGAGAUAUUUGGUCCAGAAGCUUCUGGGAAAACGACUAUUUCUUUACAUGUAAUUGCUGAAUCACAGAAGCAAGGAGGUCAAUGUGUUUUUGUUGAUGCUGAGCAUGCUCUUGAUCCUGCACUCGCGAGGGCUCUUGGAGUAAAUACUAAUAAGUUGCUACUCUCACAACCAGAUUGUGGUGAACAAGCUCUUAGUCUUGUAGAUACCCUUAUUCGGAGUGGUUCUGUUGAUGUUGUUGUUGUGGACAGUGUAGCUGCCCUUGUCCCUAAAGGUGAACUUGAUGGUGAGAUGGGUGAUGCACACAUGGCAAUGCAAGCUAGACUGAUGAGCCAAGCGCUUCGCAAAUUGAGCCACUCUUUAUCUUUAUCACAAACUAUUUUGAUCUUUAUAAAUCAGGUGAGGUCAAAACUAUCUACUUUUGGAUUUGGUCCCAGUGAAGUUACUUGUGGUGGUAAUGCCUUGAAGUUCUAUGCUUCAAUACGCCUAAAUGUUAGGAGAAUUGGUCAAGUCAAAAAGGGAGAAGAGAUUAUUGGUAGUCAAGUUCAGGUGAAGAUCAUAAAGAACAAGCAUGCCCCUCCUUUCCGAACUGCACAAUUUGAGCUCGAGUUUGGUAAAGGGAUAAGUCGUGAAUCAGAGAUCAUAGACUUGGGACUCAAACACAAGUUCAUAGCGAAGGGUGGAGGUGCUAUGUACAAUAUGAAUGGUCAGAGCUUUCGUGGCAAGGAUGCUGUCAAGAAGUACCUGAUAGAGAAUGAAAGUGUACUGGAGGAAAUUAUGAUGAAGCUCAGAGAAAAGCUGAUGAAUAUGGAGUCAAAUGAUGAAACAGAUGAUGUGGACGGAGACACAACUGAAGAUAUUAGUGAUGAAGAAGUAGCUGCAGUCGAGGCAUAAGCACUUGCAUUAAGAUGUAAAUUGGAUUAUCUCACUUCUCCAGGCCUGGUCUCAUGUCAUGUGCCAUCUUACCAUUGCCCUUAUUAAGUGGCCGGGUGAUGUUGUGGGUUGUCCAUGAACCCUAAUUGAUGCAAGUGUUGGGAUGUCCUUCAAUCUUUUGUUCUCAUGCCAUCCGUACUUAUGGUCUGGCAUAAUUUUUCAAGACCACACCUACUAAGUAUAUAAUUUUCAUGCUACAUAUUUUAGGUCAUGUAAUGGAUUAGAGUUUUGUGGGCACAAUUGGAACAACUUGAAGAAUGUACAGCCCUUGUUCAAUUUACUGGAACCAUCUCUAUUGCUAAUUAGUAAUAGUUCAGCUGCAUCCUGUAUAUCACAAAUUUUGCAUUUUAUAUGUUAUGGAGGUUCAUGAAGCAAAAACAAAAAUUACAUUUAUAUUUUUCCUCCUUUAUUUAUAUUUAUAUUUUUA